CAUAUAAAAAAGAAAUCUGUGAACUUGGCGUGCGAUGUGAGAUAAAGAGAUGGAGAAUAGAAAAUGCAGAUCAAGAUUCCUCAUAAUGCUACUUACCUUUGUGUUAAUGGAUGUAUCUUUCAAGGGUUUCAAAGCAAUUGCAAAAGCUGAUCUACAGGUUGCAGCAAUGUUUGUAUUUGGAGACUCGCUAACGGACAAUGGAAAUAACAACUAUCUCAACUCCCUUGCAAAAGCAAACUACAAUCCAUACGGUGUGGAUUUUGGUGGUUUUGCUUCUGGUCGUUUUAGUAAUGGCAAGACCAUCAUCGACUACCUUGGGGAUUUGUUGGGACUUGCACUUCUUCCAGCCUAUGCAAGUCCUGAUGCUACAGGAAGAAACAUAAUGCAAGGGGUGAACUAUGCAUCAGCUUCAGCAGGAAUUCUUGAAGAAACAGGAAGAAAUUUAGGUGAACGAAUCAGCUUUAGGCAGCAAGUCGAGAACUUUGCAAGCAACUUAAAUCGGCUGAAGAAUGCAAUGGAAGGGGAAGAACUGAGCCAAUACCUGAGAAAAUCGUUAGCAGUUGUAAUCAUGGGGAGCAAUGAUUACAUCAACAACUAUUUGCUAACUUCUUUCUAUGCCACUAGUCAGAUAUAUACACCCACAGCCUAUACAAAUCUUCUGAUACAGCGAUACAUGCAGCAAAUCUCGGCUCUCUAUAGUUUAGGACUCAGAAAGUUCUUUAUAGCAGGGAUUGGACCCCUAGGUUGCAUUCCUAAUCAACUAGCCACCAACUUUGCUCCACCCGGAACAUGUGCAUCUUUGGCAAAUGACUUGGCAGUCAUGUUUAACACACAACUCAGAUCUCUAAUCAUUCAACUUAACACAAACAAUACAGAUGCCAUAUUUGUUUAUGGAAACACCUACGAUGCCGUCAGUGACAUACUAAAGAACUCCAACAGCUAUGGAUUCACAGUCAAUGAUAGAGGGUGUUGUGGUAUUGGAAGAAAUCAAGGACAGAUUACUUGCCUUCCGUUGUCAGUUCCAUGCAUCAACAGAGACCAGCAUGUUUUUUGGGAUGCCUUCCAUCCCUCGCAAGCAGCAAAUCAGAUUCUAGCCGAAAAAGCAUACAGUGGUCCACCAUCUAUUAGUUAUCCAAUUAAUGUCAAACAAAUGGCAGAAUUAUAACUCUGUGACUCAUUUAAUAUUUGGACCAUUGUCGGUUAUAUAUGAAGCGCAUUUGAAAAUA